GCUAUUCUGGUGUGACGGACAUGGACUUUUCUGCUAACCCGAAAGGCUGUGCUGGCUGUUUUUUGUGAUGUUGUUUUUUAUUCGUCCGUCACACCAGCAGCGCGUUCUUACUCGUACCCGCACUUUUAACAGUUUGCAAUUGAUACGAGGGUGACUAGGAGUAAUUGGCUAGUUUGCAUGUACAUGGCAUCAAUUCCUCAGCUUUAGUCUGACAGACCUCGGAUAGUAAGACAGACCAGGCCGGAAAGAUGCAGUCAUCGUCCCGUAUGUUGCUUUCGAUACUCGGUACGGAGUACCCUGUAUUCCGUACCUCUCGGACCGUGUAUGUACAUACAUGUAGGCAGCUGCCAGCAAAGACAGCUUCAAAGACAAGGAAUAGAUUGGCCAUCAUACGAGGAGACAAGGAAUAUCGCCAUUCGGUAGAUCAACAUGGAAAUGAUACCAUGUAUGAUGCAUCUGGCAUCCACCCAUUUCCGUCCGUGCAGCAAAGUAUCCAUUGUAAGACUGAGUAUCCGAUCUGUGGGGAGACUGAUGAUACCCAUUGCCCAUACCCAUGGCGAAAAACGGGUAAAUGGAACAGCAAGACUGCAGGGAUCCAACGUUACUCUGCUUCCGCUUGGACCUCUUUGCCAUUGAUCACCUCACUUGAUGACGUAGCAGAGACAGGGCUUGAGGGUGAAGCUAUUGUGAUGCUCAGCACAUGCAGUAUCAAAGUGGCAUGCCUACUAAGAUCCAGCCAUCUUCUGCUUUGUGAUGAUGAUGAUGGCUCAACAACUCAUUCUUCUGUGAAACACAUAAUGACAAUAACAUUCAUUAUUCAUAGCCACCUUAUUCUAGAUCCACAUCGAGUAAUUGCAGCAUGCCACUGACUGUUCAGUUGCUCCCUUGAUAUCGUCAACAUUCUAUAUGGGGGCGUUAAAUAGGGGGCGUGAGCACCAAAGUAUAUGCAGUUGCUAGUUCUUUUCAAACGCCUAGAAGCAAUUUCUCCACCGUCAAGCGUACAAUCCUCUUCUCUUCAUUUAUCUUGUCGAUGACUUAUACUUUCUUGCCCUGCCUCAGGAGCUC